AUGAAGUGGUUGCUCAUUGCACUUGCCUGCAUUCAGCUCUCUGAGUGUUUAGUCAGAGUGAGCCUUCGUCGGGAUAAAUCUGUUCGUGAUGUGCUCCAGGAACGUGGAUUACUCAAAGACUUUCUGAGGAGACAUUCAACCGAUAUGAGUUCAAAGUACAGGGGACCAGCCCAGAGAGAUUCCUUUGCUUCUCCAGAGCCUCUUAUCAACUACCUGGAUCUGUGCUACUUUGGAACAAUCAGCAUUGGCACCCCACCACAGAGUUUCACAGUCGUCUUUGACACCGGCUCAUCCAACCUCUGGGUGCCCUCAGAUUACUGCUCCAGUCCUGCCUGCAAAGAUCAUCGCACCUUUGAUCCAAGUGCUUCCUCGACCUUUCAAAUGUCAGACAAAUAUGUUGCAAUACAAUAUGGCACAGGCAGUAUGGUUGGAAUCCUCGGAUAUGACACUGUCCAGGUUUCCUCCAUUGAUAUCACUCACCAGGAGUUUGGUCUAAGUAUACGCGAACCUGGCAGCUUCCUCUACUAUUCCAAAUUUGAUGGAAUUUUGGGCUUAGCCUAUCCAAAUAUUGCAUCAUCUCAAGCCACGACUGUCUUUGAUAACAUGAUGGCUGAGCAUCUAGUGGAGAAACCCAUGUUUGCCUUUUACUUGACCAGAGAAAAUGGUAUGUCCGGGAGUGAAGUUGUCUUUGGUGGAUUUGACCCAAACCAUUUCACUGGACAAAUUAACUGGGUUCCCGUCACCACUGAAGGAUACUGGCAAAUCGGCUUGGACAGUGUGAAGAUCAACGGACAGGUUGUGGGUUGCGAACGUGGUUGCCAGGCAAUCGUUGAUACCGGCACUUCUCUGAUCGUGGGCACAACCAACGCCAUCAACACAAUUCAGCGCCUUAUUGGAGCACGUGUACAAUCUAGUACAUUGGCUUUUGUGGAUUGUAGAUAUCUAUCCAGCAUGCCUUAUGUGACCUUCACCAUCAACGGAAUCGACUACCCAGUUCCUCCUACUGCCUACGUGCUCCAGAACGAAUACAAUGGACAGAAAUAUUGUACCAGUGGGUUUGAUAGUAUGUUUGUUGCAAAUGAAGAACAACUCUGGAUUCUAGGAGACGUCUUCAUUGGAGUAUACUAUUCCAUCUUUGACCGAGGAAACAAUCAAGUGGGCUUAGCAAGGGCUGUUUAA